AUGAAUGGACAGUCACCUGGGACAGGUCAGAAUAUGGGACAGGAAACUAUGCAAAUAGAGGGCGCAAAGCAGAACAUGCUACUCAAACCAAACGGGUUUGGCGAUACAAGGCCGGAAGUACUAGACCAGUUCUCGUCAAAUUCGACAAAUGCGAAGACCGAGAAAAAAUCUGUCAGAUCGCAGACCGGUGGCCUCAUCUUCCGACGCACUCAACCAAGGUUCGAGCCAGCCACUUGGAACGUCAACACAGCCACUUUGAACGACGAGGCCAGGACCAACAACGUGUGUGAAGCCUGGAACAAUGGGUUCCGGUGUCUCGUCGGCCACGUCAAUCCCUCGCUUUGGACUGUCAUCUCCUGCUUCGAGAAGGACGCUGCAAUGGUGGAAGCAGAGAUCCUCCGUGUCCAGAGAGGCCAGCCAUCAAAGAAGCCAGCGAGGAAGGGAACAGUACGAUACCAGAAGACGUUGAAGACCCUGUGCCAGCAGUUAUCCAAUGGACAGAAGACGGUCGAAGAGUUUCUGCAGGCCAUUGGGGGUCACAUCCGACUGCGUUAGGACUGAACAUCUGUAAUGUACCUGUAAUAUGAUAUGAUGAAUGUGCUAAAAUGAAUGUGCUAUUUUGAUCUUGAUUAGUGAAUUACUUAUCAUACCAUUCAGAGAACAGAAACGUAUUUUUUGCUGUAUAUACUUGUAUAUAUGAGUGCUAUAAAUGUGCUAUAUGACUUCUGAUUUGAAAUAAAAAUAUUAUA